UUCUGCAUAUGGAGUCCACCUCCCACUCUGUAAUUGCUCCCAUUGUAGUCGAGGUGUGUUCUAUGAGAGAGAAAGCAGUGAGGUGACUGAUCUCAGGGAUGUUUAAUGUCUGUUGUCAUAUGCAGGGACAUUCACAGGUGACUCAGUGGGAACUGAUUUGCAUCCUGGGUAUUUUUAUUCCCUGUGUGAGGACCAGAGAAGUCAUUCUGCUCUGAGUCAGAGAGGACUGAAACAGGACCCGUCUCCGCUGGGCCUCUGCGUUCGACCAUGUUUGGACCUGCAGAUCUGAAGCUGUGUGGCACCGCCCUCCUGCUGGUCCUGGGUGUGCUCGCCAACAUCUUCAACCUGGGCGUCAUGCUGGUGCAGCAGUGGAGGUCCGGAGGUGUGAAAACAGAGGCUGUCAUCAUCUGCUUCAUCUCUCUGGGUAACGUCCUGCUGCAGACCUGCACCUUCGUCAUCGUGGCGUCCGUCUGGGCCGGCGCGCUCUGCAGGCCGGACUUACCUCUCUUCUUCUGUGUGGUGGUGGUCGUGUGGCUCAGCAGCAGCUCGGUCAGCUUCUGGUCUGUCGCCUGGCUCAGCGUCUUCUACUGCAUGAGGGCUCUGAGCUUCUCCUCGGUUCUUCUUCGAGCUCUCAAGGAGAACAUCUCAUCCAUCCUGAACGCCACCCUGUGUGUGACCUUGUUGACCUCCUGCGUCAUGUUCACGCCUUUCUUCUCCCUCCAUUUCCAAACUCUUCCUCAGAACACGACAGAACCAUGUGUGAUCAGGAAGCCUCUGUUCCCUGCCUGGAUGAACGUCAACGUUUACGUGAUCCUCUUCAUCUGCUACCUCACCCUGAUGCCGCUCGCCAUCAUGCUCCCCACGUCGCUGCAGCUGGUGGUCUUCCUCUGCAGACACACCUGGUCCCUGAAGAAGAGGAGGAGCAGCUCCACCUCUGCAGAGUCCUACCUGCUGGUCUGCAGGCUGACCGUGGCUCUGGUCUGGGUUUACCUCAGCACACUGCUCACCAUCUCGCUCUACUACUUCCACGCCAUCUUUGCCUCGGGGCUGAGCACGGACAUGCUCAUCCUCGGGUUGUCGUUUUACUGCGUGGCCUCUGCGGUCCUCCUCACCUGGUCCAACAAAAACCUGAGGGAGAAGCUGAGAGUCAUGAUCUGCAGGAGAGGGAGCACGAAGACUCAGACCAGGAGCGCUGAGGACCAGUGAGGAGAAAAUAAGUAACUAUCUAUGAGGAGCUGUUUGUAAAGCUGUGCACUCUGAAAAUAACAACAACAGUUCUCCACAUUAAGCUC